CACUCUGCUACCUCUCUCUCUCUCUCUCUCUUUCUCCAGCCUCUAUUAUUGUUCUGAAUCUCCUCCUCAGUGCUCAGAGUGAAGGCUGGCAGUGUUGUGAGGGGUAGUGUGGGAUGAUGCAGGGGAUCAGACCUGGUCUAGCCUCUGUUCUGCUGGUCAGUGUGUUUUUGGGAAUCCAGGCAUCUGGGACUACCUUCCGACCUCAUAACUGCACACUGCGGUGUGUUCAGCAGGAAACUCCAGGAUGUGAGUAUUGCAGGAUCAGUAAGGAAGAUGUCCAAAGGACACUCGGUUUCUCAUCAGCUGCCCUCUUUACAGGAUGUGUGCCAUGGCCAUGUUCCUCUUUUUUAGGCCAGCAGACUCCCGAGGUUUGCCAGCACUAUGUUAACGCUCCGGAGAACAUCACCAUUGAGUUUGUGGAUAAUCCAAAUCCGAAAUAUGAUACAGCUGUUGUGUCCUGGAGUCCUAGCAAAUAUGGUAUUGCUUUCCUGAGAGGAUUCCAGGUUACACUGCAGACUUUGGGUGGAACAAAGACCUUCUGCCAGCUCUUCCUCCUUCAAAACAAUCUGUCAUUAUCUGCCUCACAUUCUCAAAGCGUGUAUUACUCAGACCCGUUCUCGGAGCUCUCUCUGGGCACCCAGUACGCUGUGACAGUGAUUGCCAUUCCUGUUCCUGAGCCAUGGGAUAAAUUCUACGACAGCAAACAGUUCACAACACGCACGUGCCCUGAGAAAAACGGCCUGGAGAACUGCAAAUCUGACUGGUAUCCCAGGUAUAUUGAAGUUCAUCAAGAUAAUCAGGACAUUGUUGUGACUUUCAACCUGGCACCCGUGAACCUGGGCAUCCGCCGCUACUUUUCAGCUUGCUUCGGCGGGGGCGUACGCAGAGACAAAAGCAUUCAACCAGACUUCAGAGUAAACAGUACUCAUCACACUUACCGCUUACCCGAUCUCCAUAAAGGAACCAACUACACCUGUGAGAUUGCUGCAGAUGUUGUGGAUGCAGUUAGGAAAACGUUCUUUGUUCAAGUCCAGCAUCAUUCCGAAGAACCAUGGGCUUUACAUAAUAAGGGUCUACCUUUGGCUGUAAUCCUCUGUGUAAGCGUCCUGAUAGCCACCUGUUUAACAGCUAUCUCUAUUACCCUCUGCCAAAAAAAGCGACUGAAGAAAAAGGCAGUAAAGAUGGAGAUACCACAAGAGAGAACUGAAGAAUAUUAUGACAAACUCCUGGAUGAGCCUCACUGUGUGACACUAAACUCCAGUGCCCGCCCCCCUCGCCUCCUGAUUUGCUAUUCCAGUAAUGACGGUCCUGUCCACAUAAAAGUCGUCUUACAACUGGCAACCUUUCUGCAAAGGCACAUGGCGACUCAGGUACACCUGGACCUGUGGGAUGCAUUAAGCAUCAUGGAGGAGGGGGAUCUGGGCUGGUACUGCAGGAUGAUGAAGGAGAGUGACUUUGUGAUGGUCAUCUGCUCUCGGGGUCUCAACCAGAAUCCGCAGAGAUGGAGAAACCAGGAGGAAGACGAUUCAGGCGAUUCAAACCCCACCAUUUUGGCCAUCACAGCCUUAAUCGGGGAAGAGAUAUACCGAGCUAAAGCUCUGCAGCAGGAUCUCUCCAAAUACAUGACUGCCACAUUCGAGUACUCCAAGGAAUCUGACAUCCCAUCCAUUUUAAACUUGGUCUCAAGUUAUGCCCUCCCCAGAGACCUGCCGCUGCUGUUCUCUCACCUGCACAGAGUGGCCCUGCAGAGGCCUGGAGCGUUCCUGCAGGUGGAGAACAUCUCCGAGAACAACUACUCCAGACUGCCUGCUGGAGCAGCGUUAUCUAUGGCUAUUCAGGAGGCCAAGAGUCUGAUCACUGCCUAGAGACAGGGUCAUGUGAUCAGAGAACUCUGGGAUCCAGAGCCAGUCAUCCAGUAAGCUAAUGCUCGUCUGCGUUCGGCAGGUUUGCAUCAGAUCUGUGAAGACAUGCUGUAGGGCUGCAACGAUUAGUUAACAUACACCAAUUUUAAGUGUUGACUAAUUAGGGCUGAAAUAUAUAUAUAUAUAUAUAUAUAUAAAACAACGUACCACAAUUUUUGAUCCUGGGUUCUAGCUACAGUCAUAUGAAAAAGUUUGGGCACCCCUAUUAAUAUUAAUCAUUUUUAGUUCUAAAUGAUUGGGUGUUUGCAACAGCCAUUCAGUUUGAUAUAUCUAAUAACUGAUGGACACAGUAAUAUUUCUUUGGUUUUGCACACCUCAGGCGACUCUGUUUGUGGCGUGCUUGCAGAAAUGGCUUCCUUCGCAUCACUCUCCCAUACAGCUUAUCCUUGUGCAAAGUGCGCUGUAUUGUUAAUAGCUCACAAAAAGCAAUAUUUUCUGAAUCAAAGAGGCCAUCAAAUGGACCAUCCAAGCAAAGUGUUACCAAAAAUACUAUAGAAUUCUAUAGAAGUUGAAGUAUCAACUCAAGCUUGUAAAAGUACUGGUUUUAAAACUACUUAAAGCAUAAAAGUAAAAGUAAUGUAAGGGGGGGGGGGGGGACAUCAAUGUCUAUAAUGUUAUAUUAAAAUGUUAAUGUCCCAGAUUCUACUAAUUUAACCAGCACAGGGCCACCCAUUUGUUAUUAAACCCCAGCCAUUAUUUCAGCUCUUCAACUCUGCUAUAUUGUGGCUAAUCUGCGUAUUGUAGUCUUCAUAAUAAAAGUCCUUAGGCCAGAUUGCAUUAAUAAAAAGAUGUAUACUAAAAACAAUAACUAACAUCUUCUGUAGAUUUCUUUUUAUUUUUUAUUUUAUGUGGACUGUUUAAUUACAUUUGGACUUUUAAUUAAAAUGUGGCCAAUAUUAUGCAAUAUUAUGUUUUUGAAUGUACUUUUUGUUUUAAUUCAUUCAAAUAGUGCAUAUUGCUAUGCAAUUAAAUGCCAGUACACACAGGACAUAGAAGGAUUUGUAUUGGAACCUCAUAAGCCUGGCCUGUAACCAGGAGUGCAAUGUGUGCACGCAAUUAUUCUGCUAUUAAAGUAUUAUUUUGAAAGAUAUGUACAGUACUUUAAGUAUUAUGGUAAUCUAAAUACGUUUGUGUGCAUAGUACUUGUGUGUUACAUUUCUCCUACAUUGCUUUAUAUAUAUUUUUUUAUUCAGAUACUCUGUACAAAUUUCAAAAAGCAUGAAAUGUUUACUAUUUUAUAUUUUUGUUGAUAAUCAUUUCAUUUCCUGUGCAUUUUAUUGGUAUUAAAACAGCUUGUUAAAUUCA